UGAAUUGGCUCUAUAAAUUCUUACUUCUCCACAUAAUUAACCAUGUAUCAACAUUCGACACAAAUCCUUCCGUUUCGAAUUUCGAUGUUAGCGUUGAAAUACCAAAACCUUUGCCUCCAAUGGACUAUGAAGAACUUGACCUAUCAUAUGGAAAAUCUAGAAAAUUAAAAUGGCAAAACGAAAAAUCAAAGAAACCAUCAUUGGUAGAUAUGGCAUUAGAUGUUGCAGCCAAAGAAGGAAUCAAUGCAAUGGCAGAUUUGUAUCAAAAUAUCGAACCACAAAUUGUUAAAAAUGGUCAAAUUCUCGAAGAUAACCAUCCAGCAGCUUUAUUGUCAAAGUUCAGUGCCCCAGUUGAGGGCAACGAACGCAGUGCAAUGGCAGCCUAUGCAACUUUAUCAGCAACAAAGGCUUUUCGACGAAAUAACAAGGAGUCAGCGGUAUUAGGACGACAAGCCCAAUCACAAAAGGUUUCAUUUAGACGAACGCCACUUGAAGGCUUAUGUCCGCCGAGGGAUCCACCAACAUGUAUGCCGGCUUCACAGCGGUACAGAACUCACGAUGGAACUUGCAACAACCGUCGACGUCUGCGUUGGGGAUCAGCUCAAAUGCCAUUCAAUCGAUUCCUUCCACCCGAAUACGGUGAUGGAGUGGAUUCCAUUCGAGGAUCAGUUGAAGGAGGAUCUCUCUCGUCAGCUAGAUUCGUCAGUCUUUUAGUGCAUGGAGCUAGAGAGGGAGAAGCUCCUUUAACACUGAUGAUUGUUCAAUGGGGGCAACUUCUUGAUCAUGAUAUGACUUCGACAGCUCAGCCAAGAUCUAUUAACGGUUCUGUGCCAAGUUGUUGUGGAUCAAAGGAUUUCCAUCCAUUGUGUUUCCCAAUCAAAGUUCCAUUAGAUGACCCUUGGUUGGCACCACUAAAAGUUCGUUGUUUAGAGUUCCUUCGAUCAGCUCCAGCCCAACGAAGGGAUUGCGUCUUAUCGUGGAGAGAACAAACCAAUCAGGUUACAUCGUACAUUGAUGCCUCACCAAUAUACUCAAGUAACGCCAAGACCUCUGACAAUGCUAGAAUCUUCCGAAAUGGUUUAUUGAUCUAUGGAAGAGGUGAUCCUGCCGAUGACGUAUGCAUGCGAGGGGCUAUUGCUCAUCAAUGUAUUCGAUCAGGAGAUGGUCGAAGUGGUGAACAGCCAGGUUUACUGGCGCUUCAUCAUGUUUGGGUGGGGGAACAUAAUCGAAUUGCCAUGGAAUUGAGUAUUCUAAAUCCACAUUGGAGUGAUGAGAAGGUUUAUCAAGAAACUAGACGAAUUAUUGGAGCACUCUUUCAGCAUAUAACUUUCCGUGAAUUUUUGCCGAUUGUUUUAGGACGAGAAGUCUGCAAGCUUUUUGAUUUAGAAUUGGUUAAAUCAGGUUAUUAUACGGGUUAUGAUGCAAAUAUAAAUCCUUCGGUUUCGAAUGCAUUUGCUGCAGCAGCUUUUCGGUUUGGUCAUUCGUUGGUUCAGAAUACUUAUAUGAGAUGUGAUCGGAAUCAUAAUUUUAUCAAUAACAAUGUCACAUUGCACGAAGAGUUCCAACAAGGUGAUAUUGGCACAGCUGGAUCACUGCAUCGACUGCUUCGUGGACUGGCCGCACAAAAAGCAUUGAAACGGGAUGAAUUUAUAACACCAGAGUUGACAAAUCAUCUUUUUCAAACACCAGGUUUUCCAUUUGGGCUUGAUCUGGCAGCCAUUAAUAUUCAACGAGGCCGAGAUCAUGGUGUAGCUCCAUAUACCGCCUGGCGGCAACCCUGCGGUCUAUCAGCGAUUAACUCCUGGGAUGACUUGUCAAACAUAGUUGGACCAGAAUCAGCUAAAAGGAUCAGUCAUGCCUAUCGCAAUGUUCAUGACAUUGAUCUAUUCGUUGGAGGAAUUGCUGAACGACCUGUUAUUGGAGGUCUUGUUGGGCCGACUUUUGCUUGUAUCAUUGCUCAGCAAUUCAGCAAUGCUCGCAAAGGUGAUCGUUUUUGGUAUGAGAAUUCUGGCUUUGAGAGUUCAUUUACCCCAGCACAGUUGAAUUCUUUGAGACAUGUUUCACUUUCAUCGGUGCUUUGUCGAGCCAUUAAUGGCGGGACCCUACAGCCAUAUGUAUUUCUGCCAAACGACGCGAAGGGUAACCAAAGAAUAAAAUGCGGAAAAGAUUCUUUAGAACCGAUUGAUCUGAGACCUUGGUUAGAACAAGAUCCAUUUUUAAUGAUGAACAAUGAUAAGAUGGAUCAAAAUCCUUCCUUGCAUGAUGACAGUCCAAUAUCAACAUCAUUGACAAACAAAGAAGAAAAAGGCAUUAACAAUCGAAUUGAAAAUGUAACAAUGGUGGCAAAUGUUGAUUUCAUUCCGAAUAGUUCAAUUGGAUUCCAUCGAGUGGCAAAUAUGACGAAAAUUCAUGACAAACUUGACAUGGCUCAGAAGCUAUUAGUGACACGACCUAGUACAAAACCUAUACGAGGUGUCAAUAACAAACUUGACAAACAUAGACUGUCAAUUAAAAGUAAUCCUAAACCGACAUUAGCGCCAUUAUCUAAACGAAUUAGUACGACUCGACGGACAGUUGUAAUUCAUAAUGUUCAAAUUGAGCUUAGAAGUGCCUCAGGUGUUAACAAAGACCAAAAACCUAAAAAGAAAAAACAUGACGAAUCUCAGAGUUCACUAGCUUCAACGGCUCAAAAUACUAUUUUAAAAGUUGCAGGUGUUGUCAAAUCACAGAUUAGUGCUGCAAUGGGAUUUUUGAGCAAUAACGAUGACGAUGACACUUCGACAAAGCACUUGUCAAGAAAACUGAACGAUCGAUCGCAAGAUGUGACAAGACUGACGAACGCUACAAGUUUGACGAACACUAAGCAGACAGCAAACUUACCAUCUAAAGGACCUUUAACUGAUGAAUUAUCCUCUAAUGUCUCACAUCAGAAUGACAUUACACCACAAAAAUCAAAAGACGAAACUUCAGACUUCCAAACGGCACAAACAGAACUAAUAAGAAACUUAACGAAAGAUUACAAUAAAAUUGACAAUACUGAUAUAGACUCAAAACUGGAAACUGCAAGAAACUCACAAAACAUUGACAUUCCAAGAAAUACUAUUGACAUAACACUUUCGUCAAAUAACAUCACAAAUUUUUACCAGCCAACUGACACUAAAAUAACUGACAUUUCAACAGAAAGUGACAAUUCAGCAGAAACAUCAAAUAAUACACAUACAAAAAUCGUUCCGGCAAAACUUACAAACUUACUAAGAAACUCAACGAAAGAAAAGACACAACCUAAGAAUACUGUUGAAGAACUGACAAAUUCGAAAACUGAGAUUUCAAUAAUUGUACAAAACACUGACAAUGCAAACAAAAUUAUGGAUCAAACUGCUUUGACUAGGAACUACAAAAUUGACAUUACAACUGAGAAUGACAUAUCAACAAAAACCUCAAACAAUACCAUUUUAACUGAAACAUUAUUUAAAAACUCAACGAAAGAAUACAAUGAAACUGAAUUAACUAGUGAAGAACUGACAACUUCAAAAACCGAAACAUUAAAACUCACUGACUCUUUUAUAAAUAUAAAUGACCACGGAAAUCACACAAAUACUCACAACCAAACUAACUCGGAAAUAACUGACAUUAUCGAUAACAUGGAACAUUUGACAGAUAUAGAAGAGAUUUCUGAAAUUUCAUUACAUAAACCAACCAAACACUUUAACGAACCUCCGACAGACUCAACUGACAAAUUACGAGAACCACAUGAAACAUACAAAGACUUUCAAGCCAUCAUUAAUUCAGCCCUACAAGACUCAUUAGAUCAACAUAAACGUGUACAUCGAAAAACUGACCAUAAAAACGUUCAAGUCAAAAAAGUAGAACUCCAUACAAAUCUUGACUUUGUUGAUAAACUACGAACUCUUCGACUUGACAAAACUAAAGAAUUUACUGACAGUCAACUGACAGAUUCUGAAGAAUUCUACCGAACAGCUGAUAUAGAACUGAACGAAAACAACCUUACAGAAUCAAUCAAUACAGAACAACCAUCAGCGACUUUACGUAACAUGGAACUUAGGCAACGUCAAGAGAGACCAAUAUACAACCGGCCACAAAAAGUUAUACUUGACGGACCAGAAUCUGACCAGUACGAAAUAGAAAUCAAUAUACGUCAAACAAAUACAAGACCACCACACAAGUAUGCAAACUACCAAGACUACAAUAAUCCUAAUAAACAUUACGAUCCCGACAGACACGAUACGAACUACGACUAUAAAGAUCAACAUCCGAAUACGCCUAGUAAUAGCUUUUUUUCACCGACAACUAGAAUUCCCUAUGGAACACGAACAAAACCACCGACAAUAAUUUACAUUAACGAACAUGACGAUCGUACAACUCGAGGGCCAGGAAUUUUCCAGAACAUUCUUUCGUUCGCAACAAACGGUUUCAAUAGUAUCAAUAAACAAACGACAUCUACAGAAAGUCCAUUCAAUCCUAAUCCAAAUAGGGUCGUCAAUAAUGGACACAAUUCUGAAAACUAUUUAAGCUCUCAUUCAUCGCGACCAUAUCAACAUUCAAAGCCUGAAAACUAUCUUAGUGCUCAACAACCACCGCCACAGCCUUAUCCUCCAGUUCAAGGAUUUCCACCCCAUGGAUUUUCACAAGUUCCACCCAAUUACAACACACCACCAGUUGUUCCGCCUCAGGGCUUUCCACCACCAAAUAUUUACCCUCCACAACCACUUCCUGGAGGAGCAAAUAGCUUUAGCACAGUUUCAAAUAUAGGUGGCGUUGCUCACGCUUCAAGUAAUGCCGUGAGUACAGGGCAUUUCGGAGCUAUAGCUGGAAGUGCAAGUAGCAAUGGCGGUGAUAGCACAUUCAGUUUCAAUAUCAGACCAUCUGCAAGGCCACAGCUUAAUUUGAUGACUCCCACAGGCAUAAAGCCAGACUAUGAACUUUUACCGCAACAUCAGCGACCACAAUUUUCUAGCACACCAAGCUAUGCUUAUCCCCCGAAGCCAAUGCCAUCUGUGGAGAGUUUUCAAUACCCGCCCAACAAACAUGACCCAUUUUCAAGUUACACUCGAAGACCACCACCAUACUUUAACAAAUUACCGACUAACGUGUUUGACCCAGCUUAUGACGAUAUCGGACGAUCAGAACUGAAAAUUGACGAUAGUAAUCAGAAAACGAACCAGACUAAAGACAACACUGAAGACUUUGACAGUGAUGACUAUGAUUACCAAGACGAUGAUAUUGACAGUUUUGGAUCAAACAUUUUUAAGAAUGACAAUGUGGUCGAUGAUAAACAACAAUCUAUUGAAAAUGAUAAAAUUGACUAUCUGAAGUUGGCAGAACAAGCUAUGACAAAUAGAACGAAACUUAACGAAACUGAUUUUGAUGAUAACUUUGUACUACCAGUGCUCAGACGAAGUGACACAAUUAUUGAAUCCACUUUAGAUGAUGAAUUGAGUGGAACGAAUCCGACGAUAGUAGAGCAAAAAAGUUUUGGACAUGACAUUUUAGCAGAGGACUAUGACGAACUUUUGACAGGAAGGGCUUCAUUUUUAGAUUCACAGACAUCUUUUGUCACCGGUCAAUGGAAUAAACUGAAAAAGCCAGCAAUAAAUGAACAAGUUGCGUUUGCUCCAAUUCAAAUAUUGACAAAACCAGAAAGACCUGAUAAUUGGGUGAUUUUUGAUACUUCUGAUGAGAAACCAUUGUUGCCAGUUCAACCAGAUUUCAAUACGGAUACGUUAGCUGCUGCUGAAGUACCGAUGCCUUUUCAGAAACGUAAAACGAGUCGUGUUUCAAUACAAACAGUAAAACCUAAUGACAUUGACGUUUCAACUAAUGAACCUACAAAUACGGAUUUGACAGUGACGACAUUGACAACUGAACAGUCUUCAGAACCAUUUGCAACAGAAAUAUCUGACGAACUUUCGACUUCAGUAGAACUUUUGACAAAAGACUUUGAACAGGAUAUGUCGAUGACAACAACUGACGAAACUGACUUUCCACUUUUAUUGAACUCUAAGACAGAAAAAAUAUUAGAGACAGACAGUCUUGACGAAUUAGGGAAUUCUACAGACUUAACGAAGACUUUUUCAACAGAUUCACAGACUGAUGAAUUAACGACAGUAACGAAUUUAACAUGACUUACAUAAACGUACUUAAAAUUUCUAGCCAAUUAAUUCAUUCUCAUUUAACUAUUUAUUUA